AUGGAUUAUAAGGAACAUUCCAAAAACAACGUGGACUUGCUGUUAGAGUCGUUACUGAACGACAACGGAUCCGGCAAUGAUAUGGACCCUGCGGUGUUCAUGGGCUCAACAGAUAACUUAGAUGAGUUUCGUAUGGCUCAGGAUAUCCAUAAGGAUCAUGACAACGUGUCUCCCGUUGCAGAGGAUCCAAUUACAUUCAACAUGAACGAAACUGUUCCUUUGCAAUUCUCGUUAGUAUCUUCAGAUACUCAUGCGUUGUCGAUAUUAUCAUCGUCUUCAUUCUCAUCCUCAUCACCACCGAUGGAGAAUAACAAACUACCAUCUGUUGUUUCUCCAAUGGUCACCAUGAGGAAAUCACAUCCUAAGAGUGCAAUAAUUGAGACAAAUUACAAUGAUACAAACACUGCAUUACAGGAGAAAUCCGAUAUGUUAGAGAGUGGUGGUCCAUUUGUCUGUCAUUAUUGUGAUGCAUCCUUUCGUAUGAGAGGUUAUCUAACGCGUCAUAUUAAGAAACAUGCUAUUGAAAAAGCGUAUAAAUGUCCGUUUUUCAGUAAAGAUGCCCCACCAGAGUUGAGAUGUCAUAAUUCCGGUGGAUUUAGUCGUAGAGAUACGUAUAAGACUCAUUUGAAAGCUAGACAUUUGUUAUAUCCAAAAGGCGUUAAGCCACAGGAUAGAAAUAAAUCAUCUGGUCAUUGUGCUCAAUGUGGUGAAUUUUAUCAAAAUAUUGAAAAUUGGGUUGAACAACAUAUUGAAUCUGGUGAUUGUACAGGUUUACCACGAAAUUAUGUACGUACAGUGAAAAGUGAAAGAAAAUCUGGGAAAUUAAAAAUGAUUAAAACCUCUAGUGGUCAUUCAAGAUUUAUCUCAACGGCAAAGAGCAUAAUCGAACCAAAGAUUCUAUUGAAUCAAGAUGCCCUGGAAACCAUUGCGAUAAUUGCUACUGAUAGUACUUCGGAAGAAGAGACUCCAACAAAUACUUUCUUAGAGGUUCAACCAGAGAAAACAAAAAUGUAUAAAAUUAGUAAACAUAGUAACAAUAUUAACAAAAAGAAGGCUGUCAUACCCGUAUCAACAGCAACAGCAACAGCAACAUACCCACCUUUAGAUAUAGAACAAGCUCCUACAGAUGAUAAAUCAGUAGAAGAAAAACAUUCUAAAGGAAAUAUUCACACUGAUGAUCUUGAAGAUAUAAUAGAUGAUUUUGAUCAGGAACAACUAUAUGAACGUGAUUACCAUUCAACGAGAAAGUACAUGAAAUUGUACUUUUCAACAUAUAGAUCCGGAAUCUAA